AUGGACAACAAGGCCGAAAAAAUUGCUGCUGCGAGAAUAAAGCUGAAGCAGUACCAAACGAGGCGAAAGGAUCGACCGGAGACGGAGACCAACCAGACGGAAGAAGAACCGACACCCCCCGAUCGGACCGUGUUUUCGGAGCCACCCACGUCAUCGGCCGCCUCGUCCACAACCAACGAAGUGGCCGCCUAUAUACCGCCACCGAAUCAGCGACCGGAAUCCGACAAUCCGUACCGUACCACAACAGACCUUUCGCACUACUUUGCGGCCACCACCAGCAACGAUGGGCCAGCCGAGUACCCGUUCGGUAACCAGCUAUCGUCGGUGGCGGCCGGUGUUGGUGAACUGUUUGGAGCCGCUGAACCACAGAUUGCACCGAUGGCGAUGCCCGCCACGCGAGAACCACCCGCGAUCCCGAUCGAUGCGAACGUGUACAACAUUAGCAAAAUCUCCGACGAAAUCGGUAACUUGAUCGCAAAUGCAAACGCCGACCUCGGGCCACAGAACACGAUCCUCGAGCUGGAAUCGGAAAAGGCCGAUCUCGGGCGACAGUUAAACGCCGAGAAGCUCGAGAACGACGAGCUGCGAUUGCGGCUGCGCAACAACCAGUCCCUGGUCGAUGAGCUGCAGAUCGAGAUCGAGCGACUGCGGGUGGAGAACAGCACACGGGUGACGGUGGAGCUGGGACCGCUGCAGGAACAGCUACAGCUACAAAUCCAAGCGGUGGGCGUGUUGGUUGGCGAAAAGGCGGAACUGACCUCUUCGCUGGCCAAAUGCCAAUCGUUGGUAAAGGAGCGGACGGUAGCCUGCGAGGAGCUGCACAACCGGCUAGUGGCCAGCGAGUCCACGGUAAAACAGUUGUCCCGCCAGCUGGAGGAAGUGCGCAGUGAAGGACAGCGGUAUGAGCGGCUAGAGGAAACGAUCGGCGCCCAGGUCGCUGAAUAUCAGCGGGAGGCCGAGCGAUUCCGCAAGCUGCACGACGAUCUGCAGGAAGACUUGGCCGAACUGCGACAGAAGCUGACCGUUCGCAACGAAGAGUACCAAGGGGCUCAGCAGGCGCUUGAACAGACGCGCUCGGAUCUGGCACUGGCCCGGAUACGGAUCGAUCAGCUGAGCGGUACCGAUGCCGAGGGGCACGAGGACAGCAACGCGAAGAUCGAAUCGCUCACCCAGCAGAACAUGAUCAAGGCACAGCAGCUGAAGGAUCUGCAGGAAAUGGUGAAGCAAAUCGGCACGGAGCGCGACCAGAGCAACCAGCAGUACCAGAGCUACGUGUUGCACCUCAACAAAGAGAUCGCUAACCUUGCGGAAAAGAUCGUGGAGCUGACGAAUGAAAACAACAAGUUGGCGAAGAGCGAAGAAGCGGCCGUAAGAUUCGCGAACGAGCUGGAACGCCAAAUACAGCAACAGUUGCAGCGACAGCAAACACUGACGGAAGCGGCUCGAGACACGACGGAACCUCGCGAUCACGAACGACAUGAGGACGCGGCAGAGUACCGACAGAAGCUCGAAGCACUUCAGAAGCGCUACGACGAGCUGGAACGUGAGUGUGAUACGUUGAAGGGCGGAAUGAGCGCAAAGGAUGAGGAACGGAGUCACUGCGAGACACUGUUGAGGCAGUCGGAGGAGCAGGUAGCGCUGCUACAGCUUACAGUCGAGCGAUUGCAACUCGAUAAGCCGGAUGUGGCGAAACUGUUGGCGGAGAUAGAAAGCGGAAAGGUGGGCGCAUCGCGUGCCGUCACACAGAACCGUGAGCUGAAGGAGCAACUGGAGGAAAUGCAGCGUGCAUUCGUGCAGAUUAGCAAUGAUAAACUAAACCUGACCGAUCAGCUGCAGACCGAGCUGCAUCUUGGUAAGGAAAUGAAGGCAAACUACGGCCAUCUCGAGACGGAGCUAGCGACCAUCCGUGAACAGCUGCACUACAAGGACGAAGAGAUGAUCCGGUUGGCGCACGAGAACACCGAGCUGAGUAAGCAGGUGCUACAGCAGAGUCAGGAGAUCGAUCGAUUAAGGUACUACGAAUCACGCUCGAACGAUGCGGCUACGCUGCAACGCGAGCUGGAAACACAGCGUCACACGGUCGAGGAGCUGGAGCGACAGCUACGCAGUACCUCGCCGCCAUCCGAGCACACGAAAAUGAAUGGCGUCGAGUCCGAGGAUGCACCACCGCGAGCAGCAGUGGCGACGGAGGCGGAAGAUCGUGAUGCGGAGCGGCAUGAGAUUGAAACUUUGCGGCAGGAAAAGGAAGAGCUGCUGCGCGCACUGAACCGUUUCCAGCAGGAUCGUGCGACUGCCGGUAGUGAUCCGGUAGCGGAGAACGAACGGCGAACCGGCGGUGAACGGUGUUCAUCGAUUGUCAGCAGCAUCCCGACGCAGGAGGCGAUGGAAAAGCUGCAGGCACGCUUCAAGCGUACGAUGAUGGAGGUAGCGGAGCUAACGGAGGAACGGCAACGGCUCGAGCAUCUUGUGAUGCAGCUGCAGGGAGAAACGGAAACGAUUGGCGAGUACAUCACCCUCUAUCAGCAGCAGCGUCGCAUGCUGAAGCAGAAGGACAUGGAGCGUGAUCUGCAGCUGCAGCAGCUGGCAGACGAUCGGGAAAUGAUGAAACUAAAGCUCAAAGAGCUUAACUAUCUCGUCCAUCGUUUGGUGCACGAACAGCAGGGCAAUGGUGGUGAUGCCGGCGGUGUUGAGCACCAUCAUCAUCAUCACCACGAUCACAGGCACACAGGCAUUUCCGACCACGGUGUCGACGAUAGGCCAGGCUCGCCUGCCAGCGCUACCCAUUCCGGAUCGGAACAUCCUCCACCAACACCGGCAAUCGAAGCGAUCGCAAAUGGAGAGGUGGACGAAGCGCUGCCAAAGGUUCAGAUUAAAGCAACCGAAACGGCUGGCCGGAUCCUAUCGCUGCUGACCGACAUUAAAGAGGCUAACAUACCGUACGGUAGUGGGGUACAGCAUUGUUCCUGCUGCUCCGGCCGGCUUGAAACGGUGUAAGCCCGUAGUCCACGACCGGGUGUGCCCCCCCGACCUCUGUUUAUUGUCUCCUUUAUGUCUACAAGUGCUUAUACAUACAUAAUUAUGUAUUUUAUUGAACGGUUUCUGUUCCACCUGCGUUCCUGUUUCCAUCUUCUCUUCUAUUCAUUCCCUAAGUCCGGCUGGUCGGUCCCACCCUAGCGGACCGGUAUAAAGCCAACGACACAUGCCUAGCACCGUUAUUGGAAAAAUAAAAUAACUGUGUCCAACAAACAG